UCUACGCGCCGGCUUCCAGAGCUCGCUCAUUGGCCUCCGAGCACCCGGAAAGCGGCUGCUGAAAGCCAUGAAGCAAAAGUGGACCGAAGAGGAGGAAGCCCAACCUGCUGCAGCAGCGCCCUCUUCAGCCUUUCCGUCUCCAAGCUCCGUUGAGCCCAACCUCCGUCACCUGGUGCUGGUGGCCAACACGCUCCGUGGCUUCCAGGGGGAGAUGCAGCCAGGGCCUCUUCUCCAGGCUGCUUUAGGCUAGGAGGACCCUUCUGAGGGCAGCUCGAUGCCCAGUGCCCUGACCUGCAGCCGGUCAGAGCCCAGCUGGAGGCUGAUGUCACCCCCUUCCCUCUCCCCGCCCCUGGGCGACCUCCUCCUUUCCGAUGCGGAUUCCUCUGCCUUCCGGGCCUUUGGUAUUGGUCAGCCCAAAGAGCACCCCUCCCCCCUGUCUUUGUUCAGCCCUGAGGCUGGAUGGAUUCCCCAUGCCUGCCCUUCUAGCACUCUGGAGCUUAUGAGCCCAGGUGGCUACCUUCUGGAAGAUAGCCUGGAGGGGGUCUUGGAGGACAUGGGCACCUCCAUGUUUGACUGCGAUCUGUGGUUGCCCACCAGCCUCCCCUACUUUAAGGAGGCCUUCUGCUCACCAGGGGAUCAGGUGCCAGAUGUGGCAGGCUGUCUUGGCUGUCCCAUGGCUGUGCUUGUGGGAGUGCAGGAACUACGAGGACCCUGUCACAGAAACUUGUGGUCCCUGGUUGCCUGCUGGAAAUGGGAGCUGACCAUCUCAGGGAACGAAGUCUUCAUUGCAUCUUCCCAACUCCUCACACGGCUGGCUCCCUCUCUGGAAGCUUUCUCAAAAGACAAGUGACCAACCUAGCCUAUGGCAGUGGCCUAAAGAGGCUCUUCUGGAGCUCAGCCGGGGACUUUAUUUACACAAAGGGCUUGAUCUGUCUCCGUUGGAGGGAAGGGACCUGCCAGGACUUUGAUUUCGGGAUCCAGAAUGCCUGCUUUUGAGAGAGAGACUUUACCGAGUCUUCUCCAGAACAGCACCUCUGGUUUUCCUCUCCUGGUGAACCCUCCAGAUCUGCCUGGGUGGGGGAGCUUCACCAGGCUGGUCUCCUUAUGGGAGUAGAGAGGGAGCGAUUCCCACAAGUUGGGCAGUCAAGAGGGUCAUUUAUUAUAUGAGCAUCAAGUAUUUAAAAAAGUGAAAAAGCUGCAUCCUGUUAAAUUGCUUUAAAGAAUUCAACACUUUCAUGUUGGAAUUGCAAGUGUUCUGUGUAUCUGAGAAGGAAGGACAGGAAGAGGGUCUUUGCAGGGACUUCUCCUUUCCUGCCCCCAGACCAAGCACACCCCCAACUGCUGCUUUCCCCUCUUGGCUUGAUUCACCCACUGCAAAGCUGGAGACUCUUCCCCAGCAGCCCUGGCUGGCACAGGCCUUCUUUCUUCAGUGGGCAGCAGAUUGGUUCACAGGCCCUGCUGGCUGGCCCACCGCCUGCCUUACAGCCCCUCUGAAUCUGGCUUAGCAUUUCAACUCCAGCCUCCUCUGCGCUGCUGGAGGAAUUGGAGGAGUGCAGGGUUGUGCAUGUUUCUGUUACUCCCAAAGGAAACUGAAUUCUUCUAAGUGAAUCGGACAUUACUGUUGCCAUCAUUUGACACGGGCAUCUACUUAUCUGUUUUCACCGACAAGGACAAACAUUUAAAAGCAGAAUCAGAAUUAAAAGACAGAUUAAAAAUACAAUAAGUACAAAACCUGCCAGGGUAAAGAGGUGUAUUUGGAUUCCCUGAAUGUCUUUGCGGAGAGCGAGGGGUGCCCAGGCCUUCCCCGGGGACGUUUUUCUGGUCCCUUCUCUCGCCUGGUCGC